GUUUGCCAUCCUCAACAUCUAAUGACAGUGGACACACUCCUCAGCCUCAACAACACCCACUGGAAAAUCUGCUGGAAUCUUCCACUAGAUCACCCCUGUGGAUGCUCCAACUCUUCUUCACAUUUGACUUCUAAUGAAAAAAAUCUUCACUCGGCAUCCGCUUGAUCCUCGACUAAAUCAUAGCCACCUCUUCUCUACACUUAACAUCGAUUUGUAGCAUAAAUAAACACUCGUGUCUCAACAUUCUCUGGAUCCCAACAAGAUGAUCUGCUGGAUCAUUCAAUGGAUCAUCCACUGGAUCAGAGCUGCCUUCUCCAUACUUGAAAUCUAAUCACAACAUAGACCAUCUAGUCCCAGCAUCCACUGAAUGCUCUACUGGCUCAAACGCUGGAUCCUCGACUGGAUCACUGACUGGAUCACUUGUUUGAAUGGAACCCCCCGAGAUCGUAGUGGAGCCACUGCUGAAUCCCUAUGUGGUGUUAUCCACACUUGAUGUUUAAUUCAAAAUACGCUGAAUCCCUCCUCGUAUUCUCCACCGGAUCAACCACUGGAUCCUCAACUGGAUUACUGCCAACUCUCCCCAUCACCCACUGGAUCACUACUGCCUCUUCUAAUUGAAAAAAAAAAAUCCACACUCUUGAGCACCAAUUGGAUCCUCGACUGAAUCGGCACCGCCUCUUCUUCUCCACAGUCAACAUCUAAUUACAAUAGAAAGACUCUUGCCUCAGCACCCACUGGAUCCCCCAGUGGAUCACCGCCUCCUCCUCUUCUCCACACUCUCAAUGACAAGCGCAAUCACACCGCCUCGUCUUCGGCCACUAUCUGGAGCGACCAGCGCAUCUUCUGGACUCAUCUGGGAACGCGAUCUGCUCCCUGGACUCUGUCGCAGCCCACAUUGAAACCGCUCAUUAGUUUGGAUUAGGUGUGGCAAAAAUGCUGCUUGGUGAGGCCUGAGUACCAUGAUGAGCGGCCAGGACGCUUGGGUCACGCUGACCCCCGCGGAAUUCGCCCUCUUGCAAGAAUACACCCAGUACUCAACCAAGAAGCUGAAAGACGUGCUGCAGGAGUUCCACGGCGAUGGCGUGCUGGCCAGAUACAAUCCAGAGGAGAAACAGGAAAUCCUGAGCCAAGAUAUUGACUUUGAGGGCUUCAAGGUGUUCAUGCAGACCUUCCUGGAGAGUGAGCUGCCGCAAGAGUUCUGCCAGCAUCUCUUUAUGUCCUUCAGCAACAAGGACCAUGCCAGCCCGUCUUCGUCCUCCGACAAGCCCAAAGUCCCCGGACUCAAGCUGAUGAAAAGCAACUCAACCCCACUGAGGACAAGCGCUCUACCCGGGCCGCCGAGCACGGUGCAGCUGAAAGAUAUCGUGUGCUACCUGUCGCUGCUGGAAGGAGGACGGCCCGAGGACAAGCUGGAGUUUAUGUUUCGUCUCUAUGACACAGACGGAAACGGCUCUUUGGACAACUCGGAACUGGAGCACAUCAUUUCGCAGAUGAUGCACGUGGCCGAGUACCUGGAAUGGGACGUGACGGAGCUCAAACCUAUCCUCCAGGAAAUGAUGCAAGAGAUCGACUAUGACCGCGACGGCACCGUGUCUCUGGAAGAGUGGAUCCAGGGAGGGGUGACCACCAUCCCACUUCUGGUCCUUUUGGGUCUGGAGACCAAUGUGAAAGAUGACGGUCAGCACGUGUGGCGUCUGAAGCACUUCAACAAGCCGGCCUACUGCAACCUUUGUCUCAACAUGCUUAUCGGCCUCGGCAAGCAAGGACUCUGCUGCUCAUUCUGCAAGUACACGGUCCAUGAGCGCUGCGUGUCGCGCGCGCCGCCCUCCUGCAUCAAAACCUACGUCAAGUCCAAGAAAAACACCGAGGUUAUGCAUCACUUCUGGGUGGAAGGGAACUGCCCCACCAAGUGUGACAAGUGCCACAAAACCAUUAAGUGUUACCAGGGCUUAACUGGGCUUCAUUGCGUGUGGUGUCAAAUCACGCUCCACAACAAGUGUGCCUCCCACGUGAAGCCCGAGUGUGACUGUGGACCUCUCAGGGAUCACAUCCUGCCGCCCAACUCCAUUUGCCCCGUCGUCCUGGAAAGGCAGUCGACGCUGAGGAAGGACUCGCGGUGCAGCCUGUCGAGCCGCGGAAAGGUGCAGCGAGCCAACUCGGUUACGGUGGACGGUCAAGGCCUGCAGAUCACGACCAUAGAGGGCACUCAUCCGCUGCUGGUGUUUGUCAAUCCAAAGAGCGGUGGCAAACAGGGAGAGAGGAUCUACAGGAAGUUCCAGUACCUCCUAAAUCCGAGACAGGUGUACAACCUGGCUAAGAAUGGACCCAUGCCAGGGUUGAAUUUCUUCCGAGACGUCCCCGAUUUCCGGGUGCUGGCCUGCGGAGGGGAUGGGACGGUGGGCUGGAUCCUCGACUUUAUUGACAAGGCCAACUUGGACCGGAACCCGCCAGUAUGUGUACUUCCGCUCGGCACAGGAAAUGACCUGGCCAGAUGUCUGCGCUGGGGAGGAGGCUACGAGGGCGAGAGCCUGCUCAAGAUCCUGCGUGACAUCGAGAACAGUAGCGAGGUAAUGCUGGACCGCUGGAAGAUCGACGUCACGGCCACCGACAAGGACGAGCGGGGAGACCCGGUGCCGUACAGUAUCAUCAACAACUACUUCUCUAUUGGCGUGGACGCCUCCAUCGCACAUCGUUUUCACGUGAUGAGGGAGAAGCACCCGGAGAAAUUUAACAGCAGAACAAAGAACAAGCUGUGGUACUUUGAGUUCGGCACUUCAGAGACGUUCUCGGCCACGUGCAAGAAGUUACACGACUUCCUGGAGGUUGAGUGUGACGGCGUGACCCUGGACCUGAGCUCCGUCUCCCUGGAGGGCAUCGCCAUCCUCAACAUUCCCAGCAUGCACGGCGGCUCCAACUUGUGGGGCGAAAGCAAGAAGAGGAGGGGUCACCGCAAGGCGGCCAAGAAGGGCCCGGACAGGAGGACGCCUUUGACCGAUCCCAAGGAGCUCAUGUUUGCAGUUCAAGACCUGUCCGAUCAGUUGUUGGAGGUGGUCGGGCUGGAGGGAGCCAUGGAGAUGGGACAAAUCUACACCGGUCUGAAGAGCGCCGGAAGACGCCUGGCACAGUGCUCCUCCGUCACCAUUAGAACCAGCAAAUCACUUCCCAUGCAGAUUGAUGGUGAACCUUGGAUGCAGACUCCAUGCACUAUCGAGAUCAUCCACAAGAACCAAGCUCCCAUGCUGAUGGGUCCUCAGCAGAGCCGAAGCUUCUUCUCCACACUGGUGAGGAGAAGGCGGGCCGAGAGCAAAGACUGAUUGAUCCUUGAAACCGUUUCACGGGUCCUCGAAGUCCUCGUCAGAAGUGAAGAAAAAAAAAAAAAAUUAGCGCGCGGGCCGAUCCCCGACUCUCUCGGACCCGUUAGGUGAUGCGUGGGGCUCGCGUGGUUGCCUUGCUUGAUAGCCCAGUGUGCCGUAGCAAAGUGUCGGUUCUACCACGUGGGUCUCGGAGCGCUGUUUAGAUCCACACGGAAGAAUGUGUUUUGUCAUGAGGCCUCCGCACAUGUAUUUUUACAGUCGUACGUUGGCUUGUCAGCCCUUACAACUUCCCACUUUUCAAGUGACGAGACGUCACUUGGUCGAUAUUUUUACGCUUUGUGCCGUGAGCCACAAUUUGACUUGCUCGCAAUCUUCAGCUGUGUUGCCGCCUGAAUGAAGACCGUUCUUUCCAAAUCCGUGUUCUGUGAUGAUGUAAGUACCAAAACCUAUUG